AUGCGAACCGCCCUUCCAUCACGGCGCAUGUCCCCGAAAGCCCGAGACGGAGGGCAGCAUGGCGCUGUAGAGCACGCGAGAAUCCCCAGCCCCGGCCCCAGUGCCGACAACAUCGACUCGACGACCCUGCGCCCGGAAAUGCGACGCAGCGAGAAGGACGGAAGCCAGACCCAGCCCGGCACCGACGACCGCGAGUUCUGCAUCCGGGCAAACCGGCCAGGUCUGCAGCAACUGCGGUACAACAAGGACACCGCUGUGGAGGAGAUCGCCUCAGGGAACGACGAUUUGCAACGCUUGUGGCCUAAACCGCCGCAUCUUGUUGCUGCUACACCAAGGACCGCUCCGCCAAAAAUCGCCCCUGCGCCUGGCCCUGGCCCGAAAUAUCUCAGCGCUCCCGCUCCGACGUAUGUCACCGAGGAGCAGGCCCCUUCAGGGACCUGCCCAGGCGGUGGAAAGUGCAAUGGCACUGGCGGCGCAGAGGGUUGCAGCGGCUGUCCUGCCUACAACAACCGCGUGUCGAAAUCUGCUCACUUGAAUGUUGUUCAGGGGCAAGGUUGCGGCGGCGGCGGCGGUGGCAGCUCCUCGAGUCAGCAGCAGCAGCAGCAGCAGCCUGAGCCCAUGGCAGUUGACGACCCCGCGGCUCCCGUUGACAUUGCUGCUCUGCAAAUACAGGGACAAAACUCAAACACGACCGUCGUUAUCGCCUGUCAAAAUUGCAGCACGACCGUCACGCCCCUGUGGCGACGUGAUGAAAGUGGGCACACGAUUUGCAAUGCUUGCGGUCUCUACUACAAACUUCAUGGAGUCCACCGGCCCGUCACCAUGAAAAAGUCGACAAUCAAGCGAAGGAAACGAGUGAUCCCCUCUUCGUUUGGCGGUGAGUGGACUGAAGAGAUGCUUGACGGAUCAGAAACGCAGAGCAUGGCGCCUGAGGGCAGCCCGGAAAGAGGCACGAUGAACGAGGACGGGUCUAUCAAUCUGGGUUUUCGGCAUCGCCAGGAGGGCCCCCUGGCUAUGCUACCAGAUCCUCAGAUGCGCCCCAACAGGCAAGGGUCCCCUCUGCCAUCGGCGACCGACCUGGCAGCAUAUCAAUCAUCGAUGCCGCGGACGUCGCAUCCCUACACUGGAUCGCUCAACGACGACAACCGACUUGCGCCGAUCACAUCGCUGACCGCAAUUGGCGAACGUCAAUCGUCUCUGUCACCUGCGUCGUUUCUCCCGCCAUCGCGCAAACGGUCCUUGUCUGCUGAAGGAAACCCGGCGGGUGAUGGUGGCCCCGACACCUCGAAGCGGCUGUCGUCCAUCAAGUCGAUCCUGAACCCCACCGACGGGGACGAGAGCCCUACCUACCAUUCCGGAGGCGAGGACGCCGCUGAGCACUAUGCCCGGUCUGCAAUGUCUCCCGCCGGCUCGGCGCCGAGUCCAGGGUCCUACUCCAACACUCGCCUGACGCCCCUGCCCUCGCCGGGGCCCAGCAGCCAGACAAGCCAUCCGGGCUACAGCAACCAAGAGAGUGAGAGGGCGAGGGCCGAGAAGAGGGCCGCUCUGACUAGGGAGGCGGAACGGAUGAGGGAGAUGCUCGCAGCGAAGGAGCGAGAACUUGCGGAACUGAACGACUGA